GGUUGGCAUAAUGCACUCGCGUGUAGUAUUAUGAGGUGCGACGUGUCUGUGAUCCUAAUCCUAGAGCUGCUGGUCGGCCUCAGCUCCACCGCUGCACGUUUAUCGCGUGUGUUGCCCUUUGCCGAAGGGGAGCAGGGCGUGACCGUGUUCGGAGACUGCGAGUUUCGAGUCAAUGGCGAUCUCAAUGAUCCCGCUCCGCUUUUUGCGCGACAUAACUCUUUCGAGAUUAUCGUGCCAGACCCUACGGACACAGUGCGUCUAAAAAAUGGCGAGCUACUGGAUAUGUUCUGCCCUGGCGCUGGUUUUGCGGCACCCUUUCAAACGCGAACGCAGCUGACUGCGCAGUGUCUGCAGCAAAAGUAUUUCCUGAUCGAUGGCCUGAUCUAUCCCUUUGCCAACUUCAGCUGCACGGCCUGGCCGACCUUCUCGGCGCUGCGCACUGGUCGGCAGUGCAACGGUGGCACGGAUCUGGUCAAAGUUGGCUUCGAGUUGGACGACGACGGAUUCCUGCAAACCUUCGAUGUGUGCCAUGACGAGCUUGCCGAGGCCACACGCUAUGUACACCAUGUGCUGUACCCAUCCAGCUACGAUUAUCAACACGGUGUGGCGCGACCGAAUUUCAUUACUCUAGACUUCUACGGCGGCCGAGAUGUCAAUAAAAAGUACACGCAAAUAGAGCAGAAUAUCACAAUAAGCAACAUUCUGGGCCUGGACGCUAGCCCAUACUUCAACUAUAGCGACGAUCGGAUAUUGGCACGCGGCCACUUGAUUGCGAAAACGGAUCAGAUCUUUGGCGCUGCCCAAAUGUCCACUUUCAUCUUCAUCAAUGUGGCGCCUCAGUGGCAGAGCUUCAAUGGCGGCAACUGGGAGCGUGUCGAAUCGAGCGUUCGCAAAUUUGUUGCCGAUCAGCAUUUGACUGUUGACUGCUAUACCGGAACCUGGGGCGUGUCCACGCUGCCUGACUUCGAGGGCAUCGAACGUGAACUCUACCUGGACUUUGAUGAGAACAACAAUGGCCUGAUACCAGUUCCCAAACUCUAUUUCCGCGUCAUAAUUGAUCGUGCCAGUCGAGAGGGCAUUGUCCUGGUGGGUGUCAACAAUCCCUAUGUCACCUUGGAACAAAUUCAAAGUGAUUAUAUUUUGUGCGAGGAUAUUGGACAUCUGGUGAGUUGGGUUUCAUGGAUUAAGGAGGAUCUACAUGAGGGCUAUUCGUAUGCGUGCUCUGUGGAGGAUUUCACGGAAGUGGUUAAGGACUUGCCCCUUGAUGAUCUGCACACGACUGGUAUCCUUGGCUUAGAUAAAGACACCACCAGCGAUGCACCAACCACUGUUAGCACUACUGAAGUGCCUUCUCCAACGGCAUCUGAGACCACCACUGAGAUCCCCACGACUGCUGAGAGCACUACAGAUAUUCCAACUGAAUUGCCAACGACUAUUGAGAGCUCCACAGAUAUUCCCAGCACAGUUUCUUCUACCAGUACUACUGAACUACCGUCUACGACUUCUGAGAGCACUAGUGAUAUUCCUAGCACAGUUUCUUCUACCAGCACCACUGAGCUGCCAUCUACAACGACUUAUGAGAGCACUACCGAGUCCUCCAGCACCGCAUCCAGCUCAACAACAACAACACCCAGUCCAGCUCCAACACCUCAGCCCAAUCAAUGCUACUUCAGCAUCAACGGAGAUCUCACAGAUCCUGCCCCACUGCUCACGCCGGAGGGAGCACUUAGCUGGCUCUUGCCGGAUGAAUCGGGUAUUUACACGGUGGAUGAUGGAUCGAGCAUUGAUUUGCACUGCACCGCUGCACUGGCCAUUCCAUUCAAUAGAUAUACCGCACUGACGGCACGCUGUGUGGGUGACCAGAUGUAUGAGGCGGAGGGCCAGAGGGUAACGAUAGGGGAAUUCUUCUGCCAAACUUGGCCCAGCUACCAGGCAGUUCGCACUGGAGUCUCGUGUGAGGGCGGCACUGAGCUCCUGCAGAUUGGCUUUAGCGUGGCUGCCGGGCUGUUGUCGCAGCUGGAACUGUGCUAUGACGAGAGUGCACAGAUCACACGCUACGCUCGCUACGAGCUGACGCCAGCCAAUGUUGCCUAUCAGCGGAACGUGGCACAGCCCGGGUAUCUGCGGGCCGACUUCUAUGCGGGCAAGGACGUUAGUGUGGUCUACAGCCAGUCGCAUCAGUACGAGAUGCUUAGUGAAACUCUUGGCCUGGAUGCCAGUCAAUACCUGGACAGCAGUCGCGAUCUGUACCUCACUCGGGGUCAUCUCGCUGCGCGUCAAGAUUUUGUGCAUGGCUCGGCGCAGCGUGCGACGCACUUUUAUGUGAAUGUGGUGCCCCAGUGGCGCAGCAUUACCAUAGGCAACUGGCUGGCCGUGGAGCGUAGUCUGCGCCAAUUCGUGGCCAAUGAGGCGAUCAACGUGAGCGUGCAUGCAGGCAGCUGGGGCGUAGCCACAUUGCCGAAUGCCGAGGGCAAACAAACGCCGAUCUAUUUAAAUGCCGACACGCAGCAGCUGCCGGUGCCACGACUGGUGUAUCGCAUUGUCAUUGACCAGGAGAGCCGCAAGGGCAUUGCCCUAGUGGUGGCAAACGAUCCACAUGCCAGCCUUGGCGAAAUCUUGCAGGAUUAUGUCGUCUGUGAGGAUGUGGGUGCGCAGCUGGAUUGGCUGGACUGGGAGAAGGCCAACAUUGAGAAGGGCUAUGCCUACGCGUGCGCUGUCGAAGAUUUCACUGAAGUGGUCAAAGAUCUGCCACUCGAUCAACUGAAUACGACUGGAGUGCUUGGGCUGCCGGCAGAGCCAUCUCAGGAGUUGUGCAGCUUCCGCGUGAAUGGCGAUCUCAAAGAUCCAGCUCCGCUUUUUGUACUACGCGACGAGCAGGGCACCGCACAAUAUUUGGAGCCAAAUCCACAAGGUGUGGUGGAACUGAAGCAUGGCCAAGCAAUAGAGCUGCACUGCAGCGGCCCAAAGUCAUUUCAAGGAGACUUCGCCGGAUUCUCUCAACUAAGUGCCAGUUGCUGGCAAGAAGCAAAUUUCUUGGUGCAGGGCAACGUCCGCCAUAUCAACGACUUUGUGUGCGCCUCUUGGCCCGGCUACACGGCUCGACGCACAAAUCGUGAGUGCAAUGGAGGCACCAAUCUAUUGGAAGUUGGCUUUCAGCUAGCCAACGAUGACAGCCAAGAUGACUUCCUGCAAACCUACGAUGUGUGCCACGAUGAGCUGGCGGAGGUAACACGCUAUGUGCAUCAUGUGCUGACGCCCAGCAGCGCCCAGUAUCAGCGCUCGGUAAGCCGGCCAAGCUUUAUCACGGGCGACUUCUAUGGCGGCAAGGACGUCAAUCAGAAGUAUACGCAGGUGCAGCAGAAUAUCACAAUCAGCGGAAUUCUGGGCAUGGAUGCCUCGCAAUACUUCAAUAUAGGCAGCAACGUGUAUCUGGCCAGGGGCCAUCUAUCCGCCAAGACUGACUUCAUAUUUGGCGCCGCGCAGCAGGCGAGCUUCUUCUUUGUGAAUGCCGCACCCCAGUGGCAGACCUUCAAUGCGGGCAACUGGGAGCGCAUUGAGGAUAGCGUGCGAAAAUUUGUGGCUGAUGAAAACAUAACUGUGGAUUGCUACACUGGAACGUGGGGCGUGUCCACGCUGCCAGAUGCAGAGGGCGUGCCCCAAGAGCUCUACCUAGACUUCGAUGAGAACAACAAUGGGCUGAUACCAGUGCCUAAGCUAUACUUCCGUGUGAUCAUCGAUCGGGAUAGCCGCAGGGGCAUUGUGCUGCUGGGCGUUAACAAUCCACACAUUGGCGUGGAAGAGAUUGAGGAGGACUAUAUUAUCUGUCCUGAUAUCGGCGAUCAAAUUAACUGGAUAAGUUGGUCAAGGAAGGACUUACAGAAGGGCUACUCGUAUGCCUGCACUGUGGAGGACUUUAUAGAAACUGUUCAAGAUUUGCCAUUGGACGAUCUGCAAACGAAUGGCGUUCUAGGUGUUACGGCGUAACGCUAAUAACCACACUCUAUUACUAUAUAAUGGUCUAAUCAAACUAGCUGAGCAUACAAUAAA